ACACAAGACCAUGGAUAUGGGUGUGUCAGAGGCUUGGUAGCUAAAUCAACCAUAACACAUCUGUUGGAUUUUGGUUUUCAAGGACAGUCACUCAAGGGAGUUUAUAAAGGAGCUGUAGUCAUCUGGUGAAAGGGCAAGCUAUAAAUAAAACUUAAAAGUGCUGAAUUUAAGUUUUAUAAUCUGGGAACUUGAGCGGUAAGCGUUAUAUCUGGUUUAAGAAGGAAGGAAAGAUUUUUUGGAAAGUGGAAUGUCCUGUACAUGUAAGCUAAUACCUGAUGCCAUAGUCUGAGUAAUUUAUUUCGUCGUCACCUGAACAAGGUGAACUUAAAUACAUUUGGAAGUUCCAAAGCAAAAGUGUAUCAGACAAAUUCCAAUUCAGUGCUACAUUGAACAUUAGCUUAAGCAAAACAAGCAGAAGAAGAAGCAGAAGAAGCAACAAUUAACGGCCAAACAUGAGGCUUGUGUUGCUGGGGAAGAAUGAACUGGACAAUGGCCGAGUGGGAAACCUCAUCCUUGGAAGAGAUGCAUUUCAGACUGAAGCCCUUGAGGUUUGUGAAGAACAUGUAAGUGAGAGAGUCAGAGGACAGGUGGAGGGAAAAGCCAUCACAGUCAUUAACACUCCUGACCUAUUUCAUCCCCAACGCACACAACAUGAGCUCUCGGUGGCAGUGAAAGAGUGUGUGGCCCUGUCUGCUCCAGGGCCUCAUGUAUUUCUACUGGUGCUGCAGCCUGACAGCUUCUCAGAGGAGGACAGACAAAAAGUGAAAGCCAUACUGAACUUGUUCAGCGAUGAGGCCAUGAACUUUACCAUUGUACUAACUACUGUUAGAAGUGCGCGACAUGUCUCUACAACUUACACUGGUGAAAAAGAAGACCCUUUAGGCCUGAUCAUACAGGAGUGUAAGAUGAGGCAUCACAUAUUUGAUAAGAUUUACAGAUUUGACGAGAGUCAAGUUCUUAAACUCUUUGAGAAGAUGGACAAGAUGAUGGAAGAGAAUGGGAGAAGACAUCUCACCUGUAAGGAAAUUGGGGUGAUACCAGGGGGCUCAUUACUUCCAGAGAGCAAACAGAAAGCAAAAAGAGGAAGAGAGAGUGAUUCUCACAAAGACAAAGAAUGGAAGAAGAAGAGAACAGGAGAGAUUAAAGAUAUUGCAGCCAUACAGCAAGCACAAGAAGUCAUGGCACAGGUUCAACACAGAUUUGAAAAGAAAAUCCAAACCCAUGCCAAUACCAACACAGAAUUUAUGAACUUCAUCAGGCACAUUAUGGCAGAUCUGCUAAAGAAGACGAUACAGAAAACCACUAUUGGUGUGUUUGGAAAGACAGGAGAUGGUAAAAGCUCCCUGAUAAAUGCCAUCCUAGAUGAGGAGGAGCUGUUACCAACAGGGACACUCGAUGCCUGUACAUCAGUCAUCAUACAAGUGGAGGCUGGGGCUGAGAGUGACCAGUACACAGCAACUAUUGAAUUCAUCUCAGAACAGGCCUGGGAAAAUGAGCUGAAGAGCCUGCUAGGUUUUCUAGCAGAACCUUGGCAAAGGGAUGAAAGCAUUUGCAAAAUGGCAGAAGACAAGAUUGAAGCACUGUAUGGAAAGAAUGCAACUGCAAAAAGCUUUGAUGAACUGAUGAAGGAUGAUCGUUCAACAGUUAUUGCAGCCCUGCUCAGCUUAACCACUAAAACCAUCUCAAAUGUUCAGGCCUCAGAUCUCUCUGAAGAAAUCAGGCCUUAUACUCAACAUCACGAGUCUGAUCUUGGGCGACUCUACUGGCCAGUAGUGAAGACUGUGAGAAUCAAAGUUCCAGAUCACAAAGAGCUUCUCCAGAACAUUGUGCUAGUUGAUCUCCCUGGAAAUGGAGACUGCAAUCAGACCAGAGACGAGAUGUGGAAAUCAAUGUUAAGGGAGUGCACAGAUGUUUGGGUUGUGAGUGAUAUCAAUCGAGCCGCAUCGGACAAGGCAGCCUGGGAGAUCCUGAAGAGCAGCAUAACAGAUAUGGUACAGGGAGGGGCAUGCACUGGCAUCUCUUUCAUUUGCACCAAAACUGAUCAUAUGGAUCCCCAGUCUUACAUGAGAUCAUUAAGACUGAACAAUGAAGAUCUACAAAUCACAGCGGACAAUGAGUCAGAGAAAAAGCUUAAAUGCAUACAGCACAGGAAUAACAUGGCCAAGAAUCGAGUGAAGAAUCGAGUGAAACAAGCCUUUGAAAAACAGGGUCAACUCCAGAAAUAUUACAUGCCAAGCAUUUCAGUGUUUACUGUAAGUUCACUGGAGUUCUGCUCAAAGGAGCCAUAUCUGACACAGGAGGACACAGAGAUACAACUGCUGAGAGAUGUGCUGAGAAGGUUUAACCACAGUCACACAAACAGAGUGGCCACACAGUAUUUUACAAGAGCCACAGGGAUCCUGUCCCUCAUACAGACAUCCAAAGAUAACAACGAGGAGAUGAAUAAGGACAAAGCUAAGCUGCACAGUGAGUUGAAGAAGAAGCUGGACGAUGAACUGAAAUGUCUAUGGGUUAAACACUUAGAGCCAUGUUACAAUGAACUGGAAAAGUACCUCUCAGAUGGAGUUAACAAGUCAGAGACGAAAUGUGCUGAAAUAACCAAGAAAAAUGUGGAUGUACCUGCAGGCAAAGAUGGACGUGGACACCAUCAGACUCUAUCAGCCUUGUGCAGAAAUGAAGGUUACCUCAGGUCAAGAUAUGGAGAAACAAGAGACAUGAACAAGUCUUUGGCUGAAAUUAUGUAUGAAAGCAUCAAUGGAAAGUUUAAUGCCUUCUUCCCAAACGAAGGGGAAACUAGCCUGUCAGUGCGGGAGAAGGUCGAACAAUUCAGUGUCUGCUCGAUCCGUUUCACUGAGGGCUACAGCAACCCUGCCGCAAUGACUCACAUUCUGAGGUUCUUAAAAGCUGAGGAAGCCAAGCUGAAGGAUUUGAUAUAUAUAGAUAUUGCGCAACAAAAGAAGAAAAUAUAUGCAUCAAUCAUAGAUACCAUUAAAGAAGAAAUGCUUCCUGGCUACAACAAGGCUGUAAAAUGUUUUGGACCGGGAUCCAUGACAGAGAAGCAGAGAGUACUGAUACAACAUACUGAGUCACUGAAGCACACCAUGUUCAACAAAGCAAAGAACAGGACGCUGGAUUUGUUCAAAGAUCUGACGGAACUUAUCAAGACCAAGUUGAGAAAGUACAUACUGGAAGCUAUGGCUCAUGCACUGACUGAAUCCAACUUCCCUUUUAGCUUGGAUGUCAGCGCUGAUAUUAGAGAGCUGGAGAUGUUGUCUGCCCUAACUGAUGAAUAACAGCGGCAAUAAUCUAUUGAAGAGUGGGUGUGGAAAACAGGUUUUUGUGUAGCCAUGCCAUAGUGUCAGAAAUAGAAAACAGGCCCUAGACUCUGUAAAGGCUUGGCAGUUAAAUGUUUUAAUAAUGUAAGAAUGUUAGAUAUAGAAAACAAGCCCUGGGCUCUGUAAAGCGCCUUGAGAUAAUUGUAUUGUUUUGGUGCUAUAUAAAUUAAAUUGAAUUUAAUAAAAUUGAAAAUAUGACCCAGUUUAAAAUGUAGAUCCCGUUAGUAGGCUAUAUAGAGUUUGCUUCAUUACAAGUGCAGUAUGAAGAGGGUGAAAAGUUGUCCCUUGUAGCUGAUUAUUACUCACUUUGGCAUUACAUCAUUAAAAUUCAGACGUGCUGUUUUAGUGAAUCUCUUUAAUGUAACUACUGUCUCUGAACCUACUGCCUAUUCAAUAAAUUGUAUAUUAUACAUUUAA